CCUUAAAAGCAACAUACAGCCUACCCGACUACUGUCAGUUCUAUACUGAACGAGACAGAAAAAGGAGGAGGUGCUGUGUGGUUUUUUAUGUCUUUCCCUUGCACAGUUCGUAGCUUUCCCUGUAGUUCUCCGUAGUUCAAUUUACUUUAUUACCUUGGUAAAGAUGUACAGGUAUCUGGGAGAGUUAGUCUCACGGGGAGCAAGUGGUGCUCUGGCCUCGGGAUAUGUCGACUCUGCUUUGCCUGUUUCCGCGUCUUUCAUGCGGGUUCGCCGCUACAGCCAGGCCGUUGGAGAAAAAGAUGAUGACCCCAACUUCUUUAACAUGGUGGAAGGUUUCUUUGACCGUGGAGCUUCCAUCGUGGAGGAUAAGCUUAUGGAAGAUCUCAAGAAUAAAGAAACACCAGAGCAGAAGAGACAUCGAGUUCGAGGGAUUCUCAAGAUUAUUAAACCCUGCAAUCACGUACUAGCAGUGUCAUUUCCCAUCAAGCGAGACAACGGGGAGUGGGAACUCAUAGAAGGCUACCGGGCCCAACACAGCCAACACCGGACUCCCUGUAAAGGAGGUAUCCGGUACAGCCCGCAUGUAAAUGUCGAUGAGGUGAAGGCCUUGGCCUCACUAAUGACUUAUAAGUGUGCGGUUGUCGAUGUGCCCUUUGGAGGAGCCAAGGCUGGUGUGAAGAUCAACCCAAGACUUUACUCUGACAAUGAGUUGGAGAAAAUCACCAGGAGGUUCACCAUUGAGCUGGCCAAAAAGGGAUUCAUUGGCCCUGGCAUUGAUGUCCCUGCUCCCGACAUGAGCACUGGCGAGAGGGAGAUGUCAUGGAUCGCCGACACCUUUGCCAACACGAUGGGCUACAACGAUAUCAAUGCCUACGCGUGCGUGACGGGAAAACCCAUCAGUCAGGGUGGCAUCCACGGCAGAGUGUCGGCCACCGGGCGCGGAGUGUUCCACGGCAUCGAGAACUUUGUCAACGAGGCUGCCUACAUGAGUCUGCUGGGCCUCACCCCCGGCUUUGCGGACAAGACCUUUGUCGUCCAGGGAUUUGGUAAUGUGGGUCUGCACACCAUGCGCUACCUCCACCGCUUCGGAGCCAAGUGUGUCGGCGUAGGAGAGAUCGACGGAACCAUCUGGAACUCCGAGGGCAUCGACCCCAAAGAGCUGGAGGACUACAAACUACAACACGGCACUAUCGUGGGCUUCCCCAAGGCCCAGCCGUACGAGGGCAGCAUCCUGGAGGCCGACUGCCACAUCCUCAUCCCAGCCGCCGGGGAGAAGCAGCUCACCAAGCAGAAUGCUCACAAGGUCAAGGCCAAGAUCAUCGCUGAGGGCGCUAACGGCCCCACGACCCCAGACGCUGAUAAGAUCUUCCUGGAGCGGAACAUCAUGGUGAUUCCGGACCUGUACCUGAACGCCGGCGGUGUGACUGUCUCCUACUUUGAGUGGCUGAAGAACCUGAACCACGUCAGCUAUGGCCGACUGACUUUCAAGUAUGAGAGGGAGUCCAACUACCACCUGCUGAUGUCGGUUCAGGAGAGUCUGGAGAGGAAGUUUGGGAAGCACGGCGGUGCCAUAUCUGUGGUCCCAACCUCCGAGUUCCAGGAUAGGAUUUCUGGAGCCUCGGAGAAGGACAUUGUGCACUCUGGUCUGGCGUACACCAUGGAGAGGUCGGCCAGGCAAAUCAUGCGCAUUGGCAACAAGUACAACUUGGGUCUGGACCUGAGGACGGCGGCGUACGUCAACGCCAUCGAGAAGGUCUUCAAGGUGUACAACGAGGCCGGGGUAACCUUCACAUAAAGGUCUCCUCUACAGCAAUGUGUGUGUGUGUGUGUCUGUCUGUGACUGUAUGUUCUCGUACGCAUUCAGACCUCGCACACUAAAACACACGCCACCCCACCCCUCACCUGUACCCUUGCUGCACUCGCUCCACAACAUAUCCAAAGUUUACAUUUUUACUAUAUGCUGUUACAUGGCAUUUACACAGUGCUUAACCCAACCAAACAUCAUACUUUUGUAUCCCCAGCAUUUCUUAAGACUUCAGCGCAGAGGUUGUUGCUAUGCAAUUCUCAUUUUCUUUCUAGAGAAAUCUCCAUUGUUGUUACUAGAUGAGUCUUCCACCUAUUGCCCAGCCAAAGUACCUUUAAAAACGAUGAAACUUUAGAAACAAUGGGAGCAUGAUCAGAAUUCACCUUCUCACACGCAGUACAUGUUCUCAUAGGUCACAUUUUAGUAGUUUUGUCUCGUUGUUCCAUGUUACAUAUCUGUGCGCAGCACUUUUUUUUAAUAGGUGUAUGGUUGGCUCCCGCUUCGAAAUAUGCACAGCGUGGUUUUCUAAAAAUCGCGCCUCUGGCUGCUCUCCCUAAAGACAGAGUAAAGUUCGGAGCGUGUCUGAACUGGCGACGCAUAUCAGAACAGCUUUUCUAGGCGCCUUCGCCAGCCUUAGUGGGCAACUGUAGGACCCAGCACUAAAGUAGAAGUUUAAAACGACUUUAAAACAAACCAAAGAAUAGUUACACACGCCUCCGCAUCUCUAGCUCUUUCUCUCAGGCUUUUGUUUUCUUACUUAAAAUCUAAAACAAAAUGGCUGCUCCUCUCUCACCUGCUCUGAGAGAGCCUUGUGGAAGCAAGUUAUGACUUUAACUGCACAUUACACUUAUUGCCUGAAGACCAGCAAACGUCUGUAGACAACGCUCGGCCUUCAAACAGACUGGGAGACGGAUCUCUCCCUCACCUCUUAAAGCUUUUUAUUUUUAAUUUUUGGACCAGAUGUGUGUAUGGUUUAUAUUCCAAAGAAUCAAAAUCAAUCCCUGGAUGUGUAAGUGGGAAGGGGAGCAUGUAACUUUAUACGGGAACAAAGAUGUAUUUUCCUUUUAAGCGACUCAGCCUUACUGUAUGACCUUGUUCUCUUGGAUUACCGGUUAAAAGCAGUCAUUUGUAUUUGCCUUCUGUUCAUUUGUUCAGAGUGAAUUAAAUGUAAACAACUACAAGAAAAGAAAAAAAAAAAACUCCAUUGUUUCUUUUUGUCAUUUAUGCAUGUCACAUGGAAAUGAUGAACUCACCUAAAAAUACUGAUCAGUCCUCAUACACCAAUAUGAAACGGAGCCGAGACACAUCACCAGUGUAAAUAUAACCUUUUAUUGUCACUGACACAGAUAUUCCUGUGUAUUUGAAUACACCAAUGAUACUUCAAUGUCAUUUUUAAGGGCAUGUAAAAAUGCAGGAAUCCAUUACCUCAUACAGUAUCACUUGAUAUCACUGCGAGCUCAAAAAUAGUUUAGACCAGGGAUGGCAUGCCCGCCACCAAAGAAACACUAAGAGUUUGUGCAUGUUGAGUAAUAAUUUGGAGUUGUGUGAUUGAUAACAUAUCUCUUCAUAAUUGUUCUUAUCAGUCCAUACUGUUUAAUCUAUAAUUACCA